CCUGGCGCAGGCGCAGAACACACCUCGGUUGUCAAACAUGGCUGAAGUGCCGCCGCUGCCGCCGCUGCUGCUGCCGCCGGUAGAGGGAAAAUGCUGAGCGCUCCCGGGCCGGGCGGGCGGCGGCGGCGGCGAGGGCGGCGACGGGAUCUGGGUCCCGCUUCCCGGGCGCGGGGGCGGCGGCGGCGAUGGCGCGGCUGGCGGACUACUUCAUCGUGGUGGGCUAUGACCACGAGAAGACAGGGUCUGCAGAAGGAAUGGGAAAAAUAAUACAGAGGUUUCCACAGAAGGAUUGGGAUGAUACACCUUUUCCACAAGGAAUUGAAUUGUUUUGCCAACCUGGAGGAUGGCAGUUGUCCAGAGAAAGAAAGCAGCCGACAUUCUUCGUGGUUGUCCUGACAGAUAUUGACUCAGAUCGGCAUUAUUGCUCCUGCCUAACUUUCUAUGAGGCAGACAUUAACUUCCAGGGAACAAAACAAGAAGAGAUUGAAGGUGAAGAAGAGGUGACUGGAUUAAUUCAGCCUGCAGAAGUAUUUGCUCCCAAAAGCUUGGUUUUGGUGUCCAGAUUAGAUUAUCCAGAAAUUUUUAGGGCUUGCCUGGGCCUAAUUUACACUGUGCAUGUGGAUAGUCUGAAUUUCUCCUUGGAGAGUCUCAUUGCAAACCUCUGUGCAUGCCUUGUCCCAGUGACUGGGGGUUCUCAGAAGCUGUUUUCCUUGGGAGCAGGAGACAGACAGCUGAUACAGACUCCUUUACAUGACAGCCUUCCUGUCACUGGCACCAGUGUGGCUCUCCUGUUUCAGCAAUUGGGAAUCCAAAAUGUCCUCAGCCUCUUCUGUGCAGUACUCACAGAAAACAAGGUUCUCUUUCACUCCACCAGUUUCCAGAGACUUAGCGAUGCUUGCAGAGCACUAGAGUCUUUAAUGUUUCCUCUUAAAUAUAGUUAUCCUUAUAUCCCUAUUCUUCCGGCUCAAUUAUUGGAAGUUUUAAGUUCCCCAACACCUUUCAUUAUUGGAGUUCAUUCUGUCUUUCGUACUGAAGUCCAUGAACUUAACUGUAUCUACAUCUUUCUAUCUUGGAUGAACUGGAAGAAUCCCAGACUCCAUUGCAAGCUCUUAAGAAUCUGGUGUUCUGGCCAUGCUACAGUGAAAUUCCCGAGUAGUUCUUGUUUAGAUGUAAUCAUUGCUGAUUUGGAUGGAGGUACUAUUAAAGUCCCUGAAUGUAUUCACCUGUCUCUGCUCCCAGAACCUCUGUUGCAUCAGACACAAAUGGCUCUGUCUCUGAUUUUACACCCAGAUCUGGAAGUAGCAGAUUAUGCAUUCCCCCCACCACGGACGGCUCUAUCCCACUCAAAAAUGCUGGAUAAAGAAGUGCGGGCAGUUUUCCUUAGAUUAUUUGCGCAGCUAUUCCAAGGUUAUAGAUCUUGUCUGCAGCUUAUCAGGAUCCAUGCAGAGCCAGUCAUACACUUUCACAAGACAGCUUUCUUGGGACAGCGUGGUUUGGUUGAGAAUGAUUUCCUCACUAAGGUGCUAAAUGGAAUGGCAUUUGCAGGCUUCGUGUCUGACAGAGGGCCUCCAUACAGAUCCUGUGAUCUCUUUGAUGAGCUGGUCGCCUUUGAAGUGGAGCGAAUUAAAGUUGAAGAAAGUAACCCUCUGAAAAUGAUAAAGCACAUCAGAGAACUUGCAGAGCAGCUCUUCAAAAAUGAAAAUCCAAAUCCUCACAUGACAUUCCAGAAAGUUCCACGCCCCACAGAAGGUUCUCACUUGCGAGUCCACAUUCUUCCUUUCCCGAAGAUUAAUGAGCCCAGGGUGCAGGAGCUGAUACAGGAAGGUCUUGUGAAGAACCAGCUCGCGCCUCCUACUUCUAAAGUGGAGAAGAAGUGUGUCGUGCCGGCAGGCCCACCUGUGGUUUCAAUCAUGGAUAAAGUUACCACAGUCUUCAACAGUGCUCAAAGAUUGGAAGUUGUUAGAAACUGCAUCGCCUUCAUAUUUGAAAAUAAAGUUUUAGAAACCGAAAAGACCCUUCCUGCUGCACUAAGAGCCCUCAAAGGAAAGGCAGCGCGGCAAUGUCUUACCUAUGAACUGGGUUUACAUGUACAGCAGAACCGGGCAAUACUAGAUCAUCAGCAGUUUGACUACAUCAUAAGGAUGAUGAACUGUACUCUACAGGACUGUUCUACCUUAGAAGAAUAUAACAUUGCAGCAGCAUUAUUGCCUUUGACAAGUGCUUUCUACAGGAAACUCGCCCCAGGAGUCAGUCAGUUUGCUUAUACCUGUGUGCAGGACCACCCCAUAUGGACUAAUCAACAGUUUUGGGAGACAACAUUUUACAAUAAUGUGCAAAAUCAAGUUCGCUCCCUGUACCUCUCAGCCAAGGAAGACAAUCAUUUAUCAUACUUGAAGCUAAAGGAGAAAAUUCUGAAAAGCACAGACCAGGAGAAGACUGCAAUGGACUUGGCUGCAGAGCAGCUGCGCUUGUGGCCUACACUGAGCAAAGAGAUGCAGCAGGAGCUGGUGCAAAAGGAAGAGAGUACAGUCUUUAGCCAGGCAAUCCACUUUGCAAACCUCAUGGUCAACCUGCUGGUACCACUGGACACAAGUAAAAACAAACUCCUGAGGACAUCUGCCACUGGAGACUGGGAGAGCGGGAGCAACAGCAUUGUCACAAACAGCAUUGCAGGAAGUGUUGCCGAGAGCUAUGACACAGAGAGUGGCUUUGAGGAUUCAGAGAACAGUGACAUCGCCAAUUCUGUUGUGCGUUUCAUUACCCGGUUUAUUGAUAAAGUUUGUACUGAGAGUGGAGUUACUCAGGAUCACAUCAAGAGCCUUCACUGCAUGAUACCAGGAAUUGUAGCAAUGCACAUCGAGACCCUGGAGGCUGUUCAUCGAGAGAGUAGAAGGCUCCCCCCAAUCCAGAAGCCUAAGAUUCUAAGACCCACCCUGCUUCCAGGAGAAGAAAUAGUUUGUGAAGGCCUCCGUGUGCUACUCGAUCCCGAUGGAAGAGAGGAAGCUACAGGAGGACUUCUUGGAGGCCCCCACAUCCUCCCUGCAGAAGGAGCGUUGUUUCUUACCACAUACAGAAUUCUGUUUAAAGGGACUCCUCAUGACCAGCUAGUUGGUGAGCAGACUGUCAUGCGGAGCUUCCCCAUAGCCUCCAUCAUCAAGGAGAAGAAGAUCACUGUCCCAAACCAGCUGCAGCAGAACAUGCAGGAAGGGAUGCAGAUCACUUCGGCCUCAUUCCAGCUGAUCCAAGUGGCCUUUGAUGAAGAAGUGAGUCCUGAGGCAGUGGAGAUCUUUAAGAAGCAGCUGAUGAAGUCCCGCUACCCCCAGUCCAUUUUCAGCACCUUCGCAUUUGCUGCUGGACAAACCACCCCACAGGUCAUCUUACCCAAGCAGAAAGAAAAAAAUACUUCCUUCCGCACUUUUUCAAAAACAAUAGUGAAGGGUGCCAAACGAGCAGGAAAAAUGACCAUUGGUCGCCAAUAUUUAUUGAAGAGGAGAACAGGAACAAUUAUGGAAGAACGGGUAAAUCGUCCUGGAUGGAAUGAAGAUGAUGACAUCUCUGUUUCAGAUGACAAUGAACUGCCUACAAGCACAACCCUGAAGGCUUCUGAAAAGUCAACAAUGGAACAGUUAGUGGAAAGAGCCUGUUUCCGAGACUAUCAGCGUUUAGGCCUUGGGACCAUAAGUGGUCAUUCUUCCCGCUCCAAAACUGAGUAUUUUAGGAUCACCGCUUCAAAUCGGAUGUAUUCCCUCUGCCGCAGCUACCCAGGGCUUUUAGUGGUGCCUCAAGCUGUCCAGGACAGUAGCUUACCAAGAGUGGCUCGCUGCUAUCGGCAAAAUCGCCUGCCUGUGGUGUGUUGGAAAAACACCAAAACCAGUACCCUGCUGCUCCGAGCUGGUGGAUUCCAUGGGAAAGGAGUCGUUGGACUUUUCAAAUCCCCAAACCCUCAUUCUACAGUUCCCACCUCGUCUUUGGAAACGUCAAGUAGUAUAGAACAGGAGAAAUACCUGCAAGCCCUCCUGAAUGCCAUUUCAGUUCAUCAGAAACUCAGUGGCAGCAACACGCUCACCGUCAGGCCGGCACUUGCUCUGUCUCCAGGCUCUGAGCGAAAGACUUCAAGAAUGUCCACUGUGCUCAAGCAGGUAGUGCCAGGACAUUUGGAUGUAAAUCCAUCCAAUAGCUUUAACCGAGGAGGUGUCUGGGCAAGCCUUCGUGCCAGCAAUCGCUUUAUCAACUCUCCAGCAUCCUUCAUUGAUGUUGGCGCCCGACUCGCAGGCAAAGAUCACUCGACCUCCUUCAGUAACAGUGCCUACUUACAGAAUCAGCUCCUGAAGCGCCAAGCUGCCUUGUACAUAUUUGGCGAGAAAUCACAGCUAAGGGGUUUCAAAUUAGAAUUUGCUUUAAACUGUGAGUUUGUUCCUGUUGAAUUCAAUGACAUCCGACAAGUGAAAACCAGCUUUAAAAAGUUAAUGAGGGCUUGUGUCCCCAGCUCUAUUCCUACUGAUUCUGAAGUGACGUUCCUCAAGGCACUAGGAGACUCCGACUGGUUCCCACAGCUGCACAGGUUACUGCUGCUGGCCGUGGUUGUAGCUGAAGUGCUAGAGAGCGGCUCCUCCGUCCUGGUCUGUUUGGAAGAUGGCUGGGAUAUCACCACACAAGUGGCAUCCCUCGCCCAGCUGCUCAGUGACCCGUUCUAUAGGACUCUGGGAGGCUUCCGGAUGCUGGUGGAGAAGGAGUGGCUCUCCUUUGGUCACAAAUUCAGUCAGAGGAGCAAUCUGACCUUCAACUGUCAGGGGAGUGGCUUUGCUCCCAUCUUCUUGCAGUUCUUGGACUGUGUGCACCAGGUUCACAACCAGUAUCCAACAGAGUUUGAAUUCAAUCAGUAUUAUCUAAAAUUCCUGGCUUUCCACUACGUCUCCAAUCGUUUUAAAACCUUUCUUCUGGACUCGGACCAUGAGCGAUUAGAGCACGGAACAUUGUUUGAAGAUAAAGGAGACAAGCAUGCCAAAAAGGGAAUUUGCAUUUGGGAAUGUAUUGAGAGGAUGCACAAGAGGAGCCCUAUCUUUUUUAAUUAUUUAUAUGCACCAGUGGAAACUGAGGCACUGAAGCCCAGUGUGAAUGUAUCCAGCCUGAAGAAAUGGGAUUAUUACAUGGAAGAAACAUUGGCCACGGGGCCUUCUUAUGACUGGACAAUGCUGCUGAUAAAAUCCACACCUUACGAUGAAGCCGAGCAAGCAGACGGGGCCAGGCCACAGAGCAACAGGAGAAUAGUGUGGCCGUGCUAUGACGACGUCAGUAAGGUCCAGCCAGAUGCAAUCACUAGCCUCUUCAGCGAAAUUGAAAGAUUAGAACACAAACUGAACCAGACCCCAGAAAGAUGGCAGCAGCUAUGGGAAAGAGUGAAUGUGAAUCUUAAGGAAGACACAAAGCAAGACCAACCCCAGAGACACCCUUCUAGCUCCUCCGGAAUUGUGACCUCCAACCUCCACUCCUAUCAGAAGAGAUCUCUGUUGCACUUGCCUGACAGUGGCCUGGGAGAGGAGCAGAAUGUCAGCAUCUCCCCAUCCAAUGGAGUGGACCGGAGAGCAGCCACCCUCUACAGCCAGUUUACUUCCAAGAAUGACGAGAACAGGUCUUUUGAGGGGACGCUCUACAAACGAGGAGCUCUGCUGAAAGGCUGGAAACCCCGCUGGUUUGUGUUGGAUGUGACAAAGCAUCAGUUGAGAUACUAUGAUUCUGGUGAGGACACGAGCUGUAAAGGGCACAUUGACUUGGCCGAAGUGGAAACCAUCAUUCCAGCAGCCCCCUCCCUGGGCGCCCCAAAACAUGCCAGUGACAAAGCCUUUUUUGAUCUGAAGACCAGCAAACGAGUGUAUAACUUCUGUGCCCAGGAUGCCCAAAGUGCCCAGCAGUGGAUGGAUCGGAUCCAGAGCUGUAUCUCCGAUGCCUGAGCUGAGCAGGGACGCAGGAGCACGAGGGAGGCCUUUGGCCGCACCAAUAGGAAAAGUCACAGGAGAGACUUAUGGGACUCUGGUACCGAGAGAAUAGUCCUCUCUUCCCCUCAGAUGAAAGUGGCCUCACUUACUGCCUAGACUCUGGUCUAACUCGCCUCCGCAGGAACGUUGAUUCUGCCUUCGCAGGCAACUUCCCUCCGUCCGGCUCAUCCCCUGGAGCCUCAGCAUGAAGGCAGCCGGCGCCGGCUGUACCGAUGGGCAGAACAUACAGCCCGGCCACCUAAUGGACAAGGCCUCUACCAGGACAGCGGUCUGGGCCAGCCCUGCCGGUUACUAAGAGCCCAUCGUCGCCAUCUUGAAAACACGUUCCCUCUUUUUGCCUGGGUCACGAUUUACUUGGCAGAGCCAAUGGUUUUACAUGCAAAAAUAAAAAGCCUCUAAUGCUAUCCAUUCAUAAUUGGAACAGUAAUGCCAUCAGACCUGACAUGGACAUUUCCCGGCUAUGUCCGGAGGCCUGCUGCUAGCUCUGCUGGGGGUGGGCUGAUGUGUCCAGCCUUGGGGGAACUGAAGGAAGAGACAAGCCAUGUGACUGCCUAGGGCUCUGGCCAUUGGGAAUAUGGGAGAAAAUUUGUCUUCAAAUGCAAAGACUCUAAAAGAAAUCGCUUUUCUAAGGCUGAAAGAAAGAAUGCUCAUUAUGUGCUCUUCCGCUCAUUAUCAACUUGUAUUCACAGAGUAACCCAAUGAUAAAUGCACUAAACAAUAACGCAGGCAGGUACUUGAAAUCCUCCUGGUGCUGCCAUGUGGCCAGUCAGGAGGCAGCCGCCAUGUUCUGCCACCAGCUGCCAAAACCGAGCCUGGCUGUGGGAACAAACUGGAGUAAGAGGCAAAGGCCCAGGAGGAUAACCACAGGCUGGGGGGAGGGGGGGUGGCAUUGGACACAGAAGACAACACUUUUUGCACAGAAAGUGUAAGAACAAUUUUAGAUUUUUCCAUUUGAAAACAUUGUGAUUAUUAAACUAAAAGCUACAGAGCAGACACCCUUUCCCUCCAUCAGCAGGGAGUUAGAGCAUCGUGUCUUGUUUGGAAAUGUUAAUAUGUGAAAUAUCAGACUAAUAUUGCAAAGAAUAUGUAUAUACGAUUUAGUACACUCUGAUUUUUCAGACAUCCUGCUUGUAAUUUAAUAUAAAACUAACCAAACUGA